AUGUCCAAGGAGAUCACAUAUUCUGAGGUCCAGAAGCAUUCGGGGAAGAAGGACCUGUGGCUCGUGAUUCACGACAAGGUCUACAACACCACAUCCUUCGUCGAUGAGCAUCCAGGUGGAGAGGAAGUCCUGCUUGACGUUGGUGGACAAGACGCAACUGAAGCUUUCGAGGACGUUGGACACAGUGAUGAGGCACGAGAGAUCCUUGCUGGUCUGCUCGUUGGAGAAUUGAAGCGCGCGCCCGGAGACCCUAAAUCGAAGUCCGCGGCCCUCGCAUCCACCCCAUCAAAAACUAGCGGCUCUACCGGCAUUGGAUUCGGGCUCUACGCUCUCAUUGUUCUUGGUGGAGCGGCUGCUUUCGGCGCAUACAAGUACCUUCAGAGCCAGGAGGGCCAGGCAUAAGUUGGGGGAUUGCUUUGGAGUGUUUGGAGAAGAGAUGGCGAUAAGGGU